UAUCAGAACUUGCGCGUCGACCAUCUCUUCUCCCGCACUCUCUCUCCAUCUCUCUAGCUCCAUCUCCUCCCUCUGCACCGCGUAUCGUCCCCCCUGCGGACUAAGGGAGAGAAGCGAGCGAAAGAGGCAAAAUCGAGAGAGAGAAACAAAUAUAUAGACGACGACGAAAAAGCUCUAGGCAGUUCACAGCCGCCCAAUUUCUCAUAGCCACACCUGCCGUCCGUGGAAUCUCGCCACCAAUCGAUCUCUUCUUCUUUCGUUUGGUUGUGGUAUCAAAGUUGUUGGUUUCGAUCGACAUGGCUGCUGCUACUGCUGCUGCUCCACGGUUUGCGCCAGAAGACCCUACACUUCCCAAGCCCUGGAGAGGAUUGGUUGAUGGCAAAACUGGGUACCUUUAUUAUUGGAACCCAGAAACUAAUGUGACACAAUACGAGAAGCCUUCUGCACCAUCUCUUCCAUCCAAGCCACCUUCGGUGCCCAUCAAUUCCUCAGUGCAGGUACAGCAGCCUUCUCGCCGUGCGUAUAGUCCUGAAAAAGAAGAAGAUAGGUAUGGGAGGAGUAGCAAUGGUGCACCAACUAGAACUGAAACUGUUGCAAGGAGUAUCCAGAAUGAAAGAAGUUUGGUUUCACAAAAUGGAACAAUCAAUGACUCUGUUGGAUUUGCUGCCAGAGGACCUGCACCCUCAGCAGGUGGAAACAGUUUAUCAGCAGAGGCAUACAGGCGUCGCCAUGAAAUUACUGUCACAGGGGGUGAUGUGCCACCACCUCUUAUGUCAUUUGAAGCCACUGGGUUCCCUUCCGAGUUACUAAGAGAGGUGCGAUAUUUGCUCCUGGUGGAGCUAAUGUCGUACGCUGUGUUGCCCUUUCUUUGGGGGUCCCUUGUAAUUUGGAGCGCCCUUAUUUUGCUGGACAAAUUUUGAGAAGGGCUUUCCGAAUCCCCAAAGUUCGUGGCUGUUACUGCCAAUUGGUGAUGAUAUAGCACGCCACUCGGUCAAUAUCAGAAGAAGAGGCCUCCUCCUGCUAGAGCUUGCAUUUAGCAAGCGCUGACGACUGCAUGUGGGGGAUGGUGCUUCUUCUGCCAUUAGCCACUCACUCCAUCAUAGAUCUGAAAAGAAUUCAACCAGAAAAUCUUGAAGCCAGUCGUGGCCUUAUUGAAAAUUGCUGGAUUUUUUCUUUUUCCAGGUAUACAGUGCUGGGUUCUCUGCCCCAACUCCAAUUCAGGCACAGUCCUGGCCUGUUGUUAUGCAGAGUAGAGAUAUUGUGGCCAUUGCCAAAACCGGUUCUGGGUAAAACCCUAGGUUACUUGAUCCCUGCCUUUCUCCAUCUCAAGCGUCUUCGCAAUGACCCUCGAAUGGGUCCGACUAUCCUGGUAUUGUCACCUACAAGAGAAUUGGCAACACAGAUUCAAGAAGAGGCUGUGAAGUUUGGGAAGUCAUCAAGAAUUGGCUGCACGUGUUUAUAUGGAGGAGCACCUAAGGGUCCACAACUAGGUCAGUUAGACAGAGGAACUGACAUAGUUGUUGCAACUCCUGGUCGUCUGAAUGACAUUCUGGAGAUGAGAAGAGUAAGCCUUGGUCAGGUAUCAUACCUAGUUCUUGAUGAGGCUGAUAGGAUGCUGGAUAUGGGGUUUGAGCCUCAAAUACGGAAGAUAGUUAAGGAGGUCCCUUCCCGUCGUCAAACCCUCAUGUACACAGCAACUUGGCCAAAGGAGGUUCGGAAAAUUGCUGCAGAUCUUCUGGUCAAUCCUGUCCAAGUGAAUAUUGGGAAUGUCGAUGAGCUUGUGGCAAACAAGUCUAUCACACAGCAUGUUGAGGUACUGGCAUCCAUGGAGAAACACAGGCGUUUGGAGCAGAUACUACGCUCCCAGGAACCGGGAUCUAAGGUUAUCAUCUUUUGUUCAACCAAGAAAAUGUGCGACCAACUUGCUCGUAACCUUUCUCGUCAGUUUGGAGCUGCUGCUAUCCAUGGAGACAAAUCACAGGGUGAGAGGGAUCAUGUGCUGAGUCAGUUUCGAUCAGGGAGGGCUCCUUUGCUUGUAGCUACUGAUGUCGCUGCUCGGGGGCUGGAUGUAAAGGAUAUUAGGGUGGUUGUCAAUUAUGAUUUUCCUACUGGCGUGGAAGAUUAUGUGCAUAGGAUUGGCAGAACCGGAAGAGCUGGUGCUACAGGUAUAGCUUAUACAUUCUUUGGUGAGCAGGAUGCCAAAUAUGCCUCAGACCUCAUCAAAGUAUUAGAGGGUGCAAGCCAGAAGGUUCCUCCGGAGAUCCGUGAUUUGGCCUUGCGAGGUGGUGGGGGAUUUGGUAGAAAUAGACGAUGGGGUAACGGCAAUGGUGGAGGUCGUGAUUCUGGUGGCCGUGGUGGUGGUGGUCGUGGUGAUUUCAGUUUCGGUGGGAGGGAUGCCGGCAGGGGCAGUUGGGCUCCUAGUUCAUCUAACAGGUAUGAUAGUCGUCCUAGUGAUGGAUACGGAGGAGGACCGGACAAGGGGUCUAGCUGGAGCGAGCGCCCUGCUAGUAAAGGGUGGAGCCGCGAUCGCAGCCGGAGUAGGAGUCCCGGACCUGCUGGCGGUCGUGGAAGUUUUCACAUGGCGAUGAUGGAGCGUAGCAGGAACGGUGGUGGUGGUGGUAAAAGUCCGUAGAGACAGAUGGGAAGAUGUAGUGAUUACGGGGAAGAUGGCCAGGAAGGCAUGAAUCAGGCCUGAACAGGUCUCACCACACAGAAGCAUCUCGGGUGUUCUACUAUUAGCAGUAUUAUCGCUAGUACUACUACUACUAGUACUAACCAGGUAAAAGAAUCUGAACAAGGACGGUGGUAAUUCCAUUUUUUGUACGACACUUCCCUUACUCUGAAGGUCAUCUUGGAUGGGGAGUGUCAAAAGUACGGCAAAUUACACUCUUUGAUGAAAAUUUGUUUAGUUUGGGAACUCUGUUUUGUUAGGGAACUCUGUUUAAAGGUUGGGAGGUAAACUAUGGGCAUGUGUAUGUAGUGUGGAAGUUUGGCGUCACAGACAGAAAUAUGUGUUCAUGUUUGUAUUAAGUUUAGGUUCUGUUUGGAACACGGCCUUUCAGUCGUUGUACGUACUUUUCUUCGGACUGUUCGUCUAUCAGGGUUUCUGUUUUAGCUUCAGGUAGUCUUGUAGGGUUUAAUGUGAGUGGUGACUGGCGAGCCAUAUCGUAACUAAUGACAUAUGCUAAGGUAAAUUUCAUUCUUCUAUUACGAGGACCAUGAUGCAUAUGUUUGAGGAGGCUUCUUUGUCCCUAACGAAUGAGGGUAAUGCAAAGAUCAUGUGGUUCGAGUUAUAGCCUUGUGUAUGUACAUGCUUCAAGUAUACACACUGUACAAUUUCGUGCUUUGUUACGAAGUAUGAGCGUGUGACUGGCUCUAAGGGGUCGUUCUCUAAGGGGUUGUUUGGAAGUUGUGAUUAUUCAAAUUGAUGUAUUAGGUCAAUUAGUGUAUUAUCAUUUGAUGUAUUGAUUCAAUGCAUGUAUUAUGAAAAUACUUUGUUUGGAAGGGCAAUG